AGCUUUGUCUACUUCACCUGUUCAGCAUAAUGCGUUAUUCUCUUGAAUGUAGACACUUGGCUCUCUCUUCCAAAAUUUGCACUAGAAUGCAUACUGAAACACAGCGCAGCUGCAGCCCAUUCGAGAGGAGAUGUAACACACAACUAAUGUCUGGGGACAUUUUUUUUUUAUUGGAAAAUGAGUUACGCCAAAGUAGAAACCAUGGAGAGCCACAUUCCUAUCAACAUGGAGGAGAAGGAAGGGAAGUCGGUAGAGAGUCCCAAUCACUGUUCCAGCAGCCUCGGUUUAUUUUGCACCGCCAUCCAUUACAUUUCAGGGGAAAUGAAAGAAUUCGGAAACUGGCUAAAAGAUAAACCCAUCAUCUUCCAGUUCAUUGAUUGGGUGCUGCGUGGAGCAUCUCAGGUCAUGUUUGUCAGCAAUCCUCUGAGUGGACUCAUAAUUAUCGCUGCACUCUUCCUCCAAAACCCAUGGUGGGCGAUCGCAGGAUGCCUGGGAACCGCCGUGUCCACGCUCACCGCCCUCCUUCUCAGUCAGGACAGGUCAGCAAUAGCGGCCGGACUCCAUGGAUACAGUGCCAUGUUAGUGGGGCUGCUGAUGGCUGUAUUCUCUACUAAAGGAGACUGGUACGGGUGGCUACUUUUCCCUGUGGCUGUCAUGUCAAUGACAUGUCCGCUCCUGUCCAGUGCUUUGGGUAACAUUUUUAGUAAGUGGGACCUGCCAGUUUUUACGCUGCCUUUCAAUAUCGCCGUUUGUCUGCACUUGGCUGCCACUGGCCCCAACAAUGAAUUCUUCCCCACUGUGGACUUUCGGCCUACAGGUGUCGUCCCAAACAUGUCCUGGUCUGAUGUUGACAUACCACAGCUGCUGAAAGCUGUGCCGGUCGGUGUGGGGCAAGUAUACGGCUGUGAUAAUCCAUGGAGUGGUGGCAUCAUGCUGGUCGGUCUCUUCGUUUCCUCCCCAAUCAUUUGCAUGCACGCUGCUAUUGGCUCUGCUAUGGGGAUGCUUGCAGGAUUAAGCAUUGCUGCACCAUUUGAGAUGAUCUAUUUUGGACUGUGGGGCUAUAACUCGGUGCUCGGCUGUAUCGCAGUAGGUGGGAUGUUCUACGCUCUGACCUGGCAGUCCCACCUGCUGGCCAUUGCUUGUGCUUUGAUGUGUGCCUAUCUAGGAGCAGCAUUGGCUAAUGUGAUGGCAGUGGUUGGGUUGCCGUCUUGCACUUGGCCGUUUUGCUUAACGACGCUUACGUUUGUCCUACUGACCACGAACAAUUCUGCCAUAUACAAACUGCCUCUGUCCGAAGUCACCUAUCCCGAGGCCAACAGGAUCUACUAUAUGAGCCUAAAGAAGGAAAAAAAAGAACCGUGUAUUGACUAAGCACAGACUCUGGUCAAUUCUAGCCAAGCUUUUUGUGGACUACUGCAUUUAUUCACCUUAUUGAGCUUUCCGUAUGGACAUUUACAGGUCAUCAUCUGCAAAUGAUUAGACCUCCGGGAGAACUCUUCUAUCAUUCUACAUGCACAUGCAGUCUAUCUAACGCACAUAUCGUACUCUCACACUGCGAGCUGUAAAGCAGAAAGCUGGAUCACGUCAAUACUCUUGGUUGCUGAAAAUUUCCUGCCAUUCUAUGUAUUAUCACAAUUUUCUUGGAGAGCUGAAUAUAUUUUUGAAUGUUAAAUUUACUAUUUCUUGCCAACUUU